AUGGUACUGGCCAGCAGGGAAGUCCAAGAGAAGGCGUUGCCUCGCCGAUGCCAUGCGUCAGCUGUAAGGAGUGAGGUCCUCUUGGAGACACGGCUCAACAUGUUCGGUGAAAAGAGCAGCACUUCUUUGCCCAAGAAACCCAGCCAGAAAAAAACCCGGCCUCAGGGGCUCCCAUCCCCUGCGCUCUGCUGCGCCUGCGGACUUUGCAUCAUGCUGGCGGGAAUCAACAUCACCCUGGUGGGAGCGUUUGCUUUCGGGACCUUCCUGCCCGUGAACAACCCUCCCAUCAUCAUUGGACCCAUCUUGCUGGUGGUGGCCUUCACCUUCUUUGGGGCGUGCUGCAUCUGUAGCCGGAGACCUCCCGCUCACGGAGCAAGGAAAUCCAAGCCGGGCUCCAACAUGGGGCUCAUCAAACCCGGCAGCACGGCUUUUGAGAUCGAAACGAGUGAGCACACCAUCCAAGACACCACCGCCGUCCAGCUGAGCCCCACCAGCUCUCCAGUGUCCUCCAAAAAGUCCACGCCCGUCCACGAGACCUCUAAGACCUGCAAACUCUUCACAAUGGAGGGCAACGGGCCGGCAGCAAAAUACACAGCAGGGGGGGACUCCAUACAGCUUAACUUGCCCAGAGACCUCGUCACAUCCUAA